GCGCGCGGCUGUCAUGGCGUCCGGGGCUCCCGGCGGGAGCGGCGCUGCUGAGGGGAUGGAGCCGGAGCUGGAGCCGACCGGGGCUGAAGGCGCUGAGCCCGCGGGCAGCGGCAGCGAGAGCGGCUCCUGCGGCUCCUCCCUGUCUGCCAGCUCCGAUGACCUUGAGCCUGAAUGGUUGGAUAGCGUGCAGAAAAAUGGAGAAUUAUUUUAUUUAGAAUUAAGUGAAAGUGAAGAAGAGAUUCUGCUUCAGAACAGCUGUCCAGAAAUGCCAGCAGUGAAUCAUGUCAGGUUUCGUGAAAAUGAAGCUGAAAUUAUUCAAGAGGGAUCACGAAAGGAAAGGAAGUAUGAACUGAAGAAAUGGACCAAAAUGCUAAAAAAGAAGAGUCUUUUACCAAAGGGUUCUGGUAAGAAAGGCAACGGAAGCUGCAGUGUGCUCCCCUCAGGUCCUACUUCCAUAUUGAAACACCGGUCUGCUCAGAACAUGGGAGUUCCUGUUCAGCAAAAGUACAAAGAUGUGUCUGUUUAUGUAAAUCCCAGAAAACUCUACAGUGCUGAGGAAGAAGAGCAGCAGAGGCUGCUGGAGGCCUUGGUAGGGAUUGUCCAUCAGUCUUCAUGGAGCAGCAGAAGAGUGGAAAAACAAGGCAGGAGGGAUAAAGGCGCCAGAGGAGUCAGUGAAGAGAAGCUUGUGGUACAUGGCUUGGUGCCAGGUAGUGCUGCAAUGAAAACAGGUCAAAUCCUGAUUGGAGAUGUUCUUGUUGCUGUAAAUGAUGUCGAUGUGAAUUCUGAAAACAUAGAGAGAGUUUUGUCUUGCAUUCCAGGUCCUAUGCAGGUUAAACUGACAUUUGAAACCUCGGUAUUUGAGCCUGAAGGAACUUCUGAGCAAAGGAACAGACAGACACAGUCAAGUAUGAACAACCUGGUUCGGCUCCUGUGGGGAGGGGACAGUCUGGACCUUCAGCAGGCUGUGCAGGAUGUGCCUCACAUUGUCAUGUUCCUCACACUCAAACUGGACUCUGAGACAUCCAAGGAUGAGCAAGAAAUUAUUUAUCAGUACCCCAUAUCUGAAGCAUCCCAAAAACUGAAAAGUGUGAGAGGGAUAUUUCUCACACUGUCUGACAUACUGGAAAGUGUUACUGGUACCGAGAUUAUCAGUUCCUCCCUUUUCUUAUGUGAAAAACUGGUUCAAGUUGUUUACUGGAAAGAAUCUGACAAGUUGCUUGUAAUUGGCCUUCCUGAAGAAAAUGUGCCACUUACUCAUCUGAGGAACAUGAUUCAAGAUGUUGUCAGGACCUUGACAUUCAUGUACAGUUCUUUGGACAGUGCUUUUUGCCAGGUGGAAAAUGUUUCUCGCCUGGAUCAUUUUUUCAACCUGUUCUUCCAGCGUGCCCUUCAUCCUGCGAGGCUGCAGCAGCAGGAUUCCUGCAGUGCCCUGUUCCUGGACAGCCUCCCAGGCCUGCGCUGGCUGACACUGCCUCAGGAAAUCAAGAUGGAAAUUGACACAGCACUGAGUGAUCUGGAAGCAGCUGACUUUGCAGAGCUGUCUGAAGACUAUUAUGACAUGAGAAGACUAUAUGUGAUCCUGGGCUCUUGUCUCUUUUACAAGGGUUACUUGAUUGGUAAUCACUUGCCAAAGGAAGACCUUCUUGAUGUGGGUCUCUACUGUCGGCACUACUGCCUGUUACCCCUGGCAGCAGAGCAGAGGAUUGGGCAGUUGGUGAUUUGGAGGGAGGUGUUCCCACAGCACCACCUCCAGCCCUGUGAGGAGGCAAGUCUGACAGGAUACAGGGAACCUGAAGCAAGAUACUUCCUACUGAUAGUUGGCUUGAGACACUUUGUCCUGUGUGUCCUGCUGGAGGCAGGGGGCUGUGCAUCCAGAGCUGUUGGGAAUCCAGGACCAGACUGCAUCUAUGUAGACCAGGUCAAAGCAACCAUACUGCAGCUGGAGGGAAUAGACGCCAGCAUAGAGGAAAGGCUGGAUUCUCCGUCCAUCCCACCUUUAGCCUGUGCUGACUGGUUCCUUCCUGCAGCACGGGACAGACUGGAGAGCUUGAGCAAGCUGCAGAACUCCUGCAAGCCUGUGAGCAGUGCAGGGAGCAAGAGGAGCCUCUUUGGGGACAGCUGCCCCAGCACACGGACGCAGAGCCCCCCAAGGAGCAGCGGGGCAGCCGAGCAGGGCGGCCAAGGGCCCGCCCAGGAGGAGAGCUCCAACCCACAGCCUGUGGGGGAGCAGGUCAGGCAACACGGGCACAGAGAACUGAUGAGGUUUGGGGACUGGGGAGAGGGCAGCUCAUUCCAACUCAAGGCCACCAGAAAAAAACACAUCCUGCCAAACCCAUUUCAUUCCGGAAACUUUAAAAAGAACUCUUCAGAGAAAGAUACAGAACUUCUUAAUGCUAUCAAGUUGACAUCUGGUCCUGAGAAUACCCUCUUCCACUAUCUGUCUUUGGAGACAAUGCAGGGAAUUUUUAUUACUCCAACUCACAAAGAAGUAGCACAGCUUGGUGGCUCCAUCCACCCUCAGUUAAUUGAGAAUUUCUACCAGUGCUGCCUUUCAAUUCGUUCCAUUUUCCAGCAGUCCAUGAGGAAAGAGAAAAAGAAAAAGGCAGGCAGUGGGAUUUCAGAAUUUAGUAAGGCAGCUGAGGACCCAGGUCUGGUAAGAGAACAUGGACUUCUGUUUGAGUGCUCUCCUGAAAACUGGACUGACCAGAAGAAACCACCACCAACAAUGAACUACUGGGUUGUGGGGAGACUCAUUCUCCAUCCCAAACCUCAGGAGUGUUACGUGUGUUUCCAUGACUCAGUGACAGAAGCUGCUGUGGAACUGGCCUUUAAACUGUCCUUUGGCUUAGCUGCAUAGAUGAGCUUCCUGCUCGCUCAGGCAUCCUGCAUGGUGUGGUAAUUCUUUAAAGCAGCCCAUAUAAAGGGAAAUGAACUCAAUUUGGGUGCCACUCAUGGGGUAUCUUUGAAAUGCUUUGAAAAAAUCAAAUACCUUGUGGUAUGAUGCAGCUAAAGCUUCAGUGGUGCUUCUAAUGAGCUCAUCAAUUGAAUACUUAACAGUAUUUCAAAGAAUCAAAGUUCUUAUUUUUAUAAACUGUCACUUUUUUUAUCCUGGUCAUAACCUUAUUAUAUGAAAACAACACAUAAUUUGUAUGUUCUCUGCUGUUCAGUGUACAAUAUGCAACAUAAAAUGGUAAGCUGAUCCUUAAAGUACUCUAUGAACAUGGAAAUUGGUGAUGGGAGGAAAAAAGAAGUUCUCCAGUUAGUUAAAAUUUUGCACCUCCAAGGGCCUGAAAAAUACUGAAUGUUUUCAGUAGCGUUGUGUUAAUCUGAGAGAAAUCUUUUAGGCAAUUCCUGGCACAGCCUCACUGAACUAAUGGCUUACCAUUUUUGCUCUCCUGCACACUCAAGGACUAUAGGUGGUUGAUGUUUUACUUGACUCCAUGAGUUUUAAC